AGUGCAGAGAGGGCUCGCUGCAUCCAGUUAAGAUGCCACUACCGAUAUAUUAACCGACUGAAACUUAAUUACGAUGCUACACUUUAUAUGAUGUCAACGUAGUUGCCAUGGCAACAGCAUCACAAGACAGCAUCCCCCGCCACCUGCUGACUCCCCCGGGGCUUGUUCUGAAGGACUCAGGGGUAGGGGAUGGCACAAAAGGUGUGUUUUGCCUGAACCGUGUCCUGGAGGGACAGAUGUACGGCCCCUAUGCAGGGGAGGUAAUCCUGGAGGGAUGUGACAACAAGGUGGAUUAUCGCUAUGCAUGGGAGGUUUACGACUCAAGCACAAAUGAGCUGAUGCAUAUCAUUAACGCCACUAAGCCGGAGACAGGAAACUGGAUGAGAUAUGUCAACUGUGCACGCUACUUUGAAGAGCAGAAUAUUGUGUCUGUACAGAUCGGCAGUGAAAUAUUCUACAAGGCUAUCAGGGACAUCCCAGCCGGGGAGGAACUCCUGACAUGGUUCUCACUCAGCUACCAGAUGCAGAAGAAGAAAAAGAAGAAGAGGAAGAGUGUUGAUGCUGUAGAGGAGAAGGAGACAGUCACGGCACCAAUUAAAAGGAAGAAGAAGUCUUCCUCUGUGUCUGAAUCAACCCCUGGAGAUGACAUGGGGACGCCAUUGUUGUACGAGAUCAUGACAGCUGACACAAUGCUGAAGAAAGCAAAGGACACUUCUGCAGUUGUAGAGGAGAAGAAGAAACUGCCCAAGUUGAGCAAGUCAAAGUCCACAGGAAGUAUUGAUGUGAAUAUGCUCAAGGGUAAUCUCAAGAAACCGACAACCCCUACUAAAAAAACACAGACAGCAAGCAGUACGCCAAUUAAGGAUCUUAUUAUUGUGCCGUCUGCUGCUGUUUCUCCAGGAAUCAAUUCCAGGAAAAUAACACCAAAGAAAGCAUUGAAGGUUAAAGACCUUAUUGCCAUGCAGGAUGCUAAAAAUGGUGUCUCAAAAUCAGACAUUUCACCAUCACCUAAAAAUUGGCCAUACGUCAAAGCUCAGAAUAAGGUCAAGACUGAUGGUCCACCUGAUCUUGCAAUGGCUGGAAUGGUUCUUCAUAGUGAACAUGAAUCAGGCAAGAUAUUCCAAUUUGAGAUCAGACCUGAACAUCACGCAGAAAAUAAACUAGGGAAGAAGAUGUUUUCUUGUGAUAUAUGUCACGCCCCCUAUAACCACGCGUUCAGUUUAAAACGACAUUUCCUCCGUAGUCAUAUCAAUGCAAAGUACCUACCCCUCAGUGAUAUCACAAACUGCCUCAUUAAUGUUGUGCUACAAGAAUCUUCAGUCAGAAACUGUAAAGGAAAUGCCAAGUGGUUUUCUAAAGACACAAAUAAGCAACAGAAAAGUUCCGAUGUUGAGAAGGACCAAGUUGCCUCUGCAGCUGAAACCGAGGAUGGUAAGCAGAAAACAACAAUGCCGGGUGUUUACAGAUGCUACUUGUGUUCAGAACUGUAUGAUGACCUGGAUGAGCUGAAGAAACACACCCAAAACCAUCCAUCCCAGGAGAAGAUGGCCAAGAAAUUAUCAUGUGACAAGUGCAACAUGACGUUCAGCGGCAAGAACAACCUCGCACGACAUCAGGAGACGCAUCUUGAAACCAAACAAGUGUGUUGUAUGGUGUGUGGAAAAGGCUUCAACAAGGAGUCCAACAUGAAGAAACAUCUUCAGUUUCAUCUAAACAAGAAUUUUGCUUGUGGAAUCUGCUCUGAAAAAUUCUCAACAGUCGCAGAACUCAGGAAGCAUGUCCGCAUGGAGCAUUCAGGUUCAGAAUCCAAAAUGGCGGUUCAGGUGAAGCAGAUGGAGUCUGGACGAGAUAAACCUGUCAGGAUGGAACCUUCAGAGAUGGCUAAGAAGCCAGUGAAGGUCAAUAUAGUCAAGAAGAAGAAGAUCAAGAAAAAGUUGGUUGCAGCAGCAUUAGCUUCAUCCAACUCGGGAAGCACCAAGAUUGGUGGAUCGGAGCAGAGCAAGGACUCUACCACCAUGGAUCCUAACAAGCCAGUUCCUUGUCCAACCUGCAACAAACGCUUCUCCUCCGAGGCAAGUAUGAAGAAACAUGCUCAGUUCCAUGGCAACCGCUAGAUUCGCUGCCGGUACUGCAAGGAGAAAUUCCCACAUCCGUUUGGCCUCCGAAAACAUUUGUGGUCCAUCCACACGGCCCAGAUGAAGCAGAAUCUUAACAGAACACCUGGUGUCAUCCGCAAGGUGCCAAACUUUCACCAUAAAAAGAAUGAGACAUACGAUGAGAAGUUCCCGGAGAAGGCUGGAACUGAGAAGGCAGACGUAGAGAAAAUGGCGUCUGACAUCAAGGAGGAAGGCAAACCAGUGAAGCAGCUGGCAGCAGUGACUGAGAGCCAGAAAGCUUCUGCUGAGAAGCCCUAUUCCUGCAGAGUGUGUGGUAAGGCUUUCCCUAGUGAAGCGAACAUGAAGAUGCAUCUCCAGUAUCACUUUGGGAGGACCUUCUCCUGCCGCUUCUGCUUCAAGAAGUUCCCACAUCCGGCCAGUCUCCGCAAACACCUCAACGCCGAGCAUCCAGAGGGUAUGGUGAAUGGAGUGCUCAUCAAGAGCAAGCCAGACAUCAUCAUCGGACCCGACGGGAAGAGAUUAAAGAGGAAGAGAAAGAAGAAGAUCAAGUCGGAACUGGAGUUGAUGCUCAGAAAUGAGAACGCUGAGGUAAAAGUGGAAAAGGUUGAGGUUAAGCAGGAGCCAGAUGUUGACAAUGAAAGUACACAUAGUCAGGAAUUUGAGUCAGCACGUCUUGAAAAGAUUUCUCAAGAAGCUGAGGAGGAAGAUCCGUGGGAAGAAGAGAUUCAAAUCACUAAGGAGUUGAAGAAGAAAGCCAGAUUGCAUUUUGCCUGCAUUCUUUGCAAGAAAAAGUUUAAUAGUUAUGUGAACAUGUGCCGACACAAGAGACUAGCUCACAGGGUUAAGAAAUAUGGCAUGCCCACCGUGACACGCCAGAGGAUAGCUGCAAGGCUUCAGGACUGUGUUGUGGUCAAUGAUUAUAUUCCUAUAACCCCGGCAGAGUUCUAUGCAAACAUAGCUGACAACAUUGCAACCAAUUUGGACAACUAUAUUGAUGGUAAACAAGAGGCUUUGACCCAUUAUGAGAAGCAUGUGAGAAUACCAGAUUACCAAUCAGUAUACACUGUUGCCUCUGAGGAACAACCUCAAAUAGACUGGUCGAAAUACAACUUCCCCAAAUCGUACACACCAUGGCAGGGCAUUGUGGGAUAUGACAUCGAGGAGGAUCUCCUUAGUGUGUAUGAUAAGAUUGGUUUCCGAGAUGAACGUGCAGCUAGAAGACUGCGAAGAAGUAGAAGUAGUAGCGAUGCAUCAUUUGAGAACAAGGAAACUGGAGAUGAGAACAGCAAUCUUAGUAUGCCAGACCGAAAGUCUGUGGAACAAGAAGAGAACAUCUCUUUUGAGGAUGGGGGUUUGAACAACAUCGGAAGUUCACAAGUAAAGUCAGAGUCUCAGAUUCGUGAUAAUCCUGAUUUUAAAUCAGAACUUAAGACUGAAAAAGAUGAUAUGAUUUCUUCUGAUUCCAGGACGGACAAGGACUGUCAUUUUGUUCCACUGAUAAGUGGGAACCAAUGUGGAAAUUCAGUCCUUGAAGUGAAGCCUAAUGUUGAAAAGUGGAGGGAAUUGAUUCCUCAAUUUGGGUCAGUGCGUGGAAAGGAUGCAAAUUUAGUUCCUGAAUCAGAGCCUAAACCAGAAUAUGAUAGUGAUUUAUUACCCAAAUCUCAGUCAAGAACUGAAAAGGAUGAUUCUGGAUGUGACCAAAAGACUUUGCAUGGGAAAGAAUCACACAAUGAAGGUGAAGACGCCCAAACAGUCACUGCUCAACAGAAAUGUGAAUCUCAUGCUGAGCAAGACAUUAGCAGAUUUGAAAACCAAAAUGAUUUUUCACAAAACACACUGAAAAUCAAUACACAAAUUGAGUCUCAUAUUGAUACAGUGCUGCUGAAAGAUGCUGUAUCGGAUGACCAUAGCUGUGUUGUUGAACAGCCUGGAACAGAAAGGAGAACUUAUAAUGCAACAGGGAAUAUAAAAGAUUAUCACACUGACAUAUGUUUAAAUGGUGAAGUUAUGCCUUAUCACAUUGCUGAAGAAAUUGACUAUGAUAUUGAAGAAUGUAUGAAUGAGAUGAUUGAACAGUGUGUGAAUUCUCAGCAGAAAGUCACCGAUUCUGUUCAAAGUUCUGGUAUAGUGGUUCUUCAGGAUAAGGUUUCGCUGAAAGAGACACCUGAGAUGGAUAUAGAAACAAUGAAAACAGAAGCUUCAUGUGCUAUUACUGUGCCCAAAGCAACAGAUGAUGGUGAAGUGUUAGAGAGAGACAAUGCAUUAUCAACCACAAGGCCUUGUGUAGAACCUGGGAAUGAAAACAUCCAUUGUUCCAUUUCCACAAAUUCCAGUGUCAAGGACGAUCUUAUUAAGAAGAGCCUUGUGGAAGAAUGUGUGCCAGAUCAGCAGGACUGUAUCACUGAAUCAAAAACUACUUCUUCAGAAAUCAGUAGUCCUGGGGCGUAUUCCCCAGUUGUUACUGACUGCAAUAAGGAAGGUGCUGACAAAGGUGGAUGUGAUUCUGUGGGUAAAAACUCUAAACAGGAUCUUUCAAUUCAGGUUGGUGAAUCAAGAGGAGAUUCUUUACUUCAUGUUCAUAGAUCCAUAGAUUGUCCUGCAGAUGUUGAGGAACUGGUAAAAGAUUCUUCCACUGGUGUUGAGGUAUUGUUAAGUGAUACUUCCACUGGUGUUGAGGAAUUGGUGAAAGAUUCUUCCACUGGUGUUGAGGAAUUGGUGAAAGAUUCUUCCACUGGUGUUGAGGAAUUGGUGAAAGAUUCUUCCACUGGUGUUGAGGAAUUGGUGAAAGAUUCUUCCACUGGUGUUGAGGAAUUGGUGAAAGAUUCUUCCACUGGUGUUGAGGAAUUGGUGAAAGAUUCUUCCACUGGUGUUGAGGAAUUGGUGAAAGAUUCUUGUGUUCUCAAAACAGGAGAAGAUUCUUCUAUAACUGUUGAUGCUUCAGUUGUGGAAUCUGGAAAAGAACCAAUUGACUCUUCUGUUCUGCCUGACAAAACUAAAAGUGAUUCCGCCAGUUCCUUACCUUGUGAAUCAAAAGAGAAUGUGACAAAGAACAUCAGUAUUCCAUUUAACCCUGCCACUACAGAAACAGUGCCUAUUAAGUCUGUCCCACCAACAGACGCAACCCAUGUGAUACAGAGUAACAGAACUGUGUCUGAACCUUCAACUCAGGAUAUUUUACAUUCAAACCUUCCAAUGGACAUGCACAACAAGUCACAACCCUGUCUCUGUGAUUCUCUUGUUCAUGAGAAAAAAUCUUGCCCUGUGUUUGAGUGUGCCGAGCCUGUUCCAGGUAGUGCUAAACCGUGUAAUGUGAGUUGUGGUAUAACUGACAGUGUUGGUCAAGAAAAUGCAUCAGAAUGUGAUCCUGAUGGAGGACUGAGUGACUGCAAGAAAAUGACACAGGAAGUUGAGGAUGUCCUCAAUGAAGGAAAGAAAUAUUUGUGUGCCACUGAGGAACACACUGUGCCUCUGGAAGCAUAUGAUGAAACAAAAACUAGCUCUCAUAAGGAGAACCUUGAAGGCCCCAGCGAUUUAUCUGUGACACAUGAUGCCUCAACCUGUGAAGAAGAACCACAAGCAGAGGCAGGUGAUUGUGUUCGUAAAACUGAUGCCAAUGUUCUACAAAGUUAUAGUGAUAGCCAUGCAGAAUUCAGUGCCAGAAUUGGCCUCGUCAAGGUUCAGCAGAGUGACAGGGCAGUGUCUGGUUCAUCGUCUGUUGCCAGUGUUGUUGGUGAACCAGAUUUAAAGUUGUGGAUCAAAAAUGUUAUCAUCAGUGAUAUCAUCCAGAAAGUUUUCUCCUAUUCUGCUACUGUCACUUCAAACGACAGAACAGUCAUUAAGGAGGAACUGUGUGAGAGUGAUUCUGCGAAAAUGCUGCAAGAGAGUGUCUGCUUAGAAUCAGAGGCCAGUUUUGAUGAGACUCAAAGAAUUAUAAAGACUGAACCAGAGGAAUCGGCCAUAGUGGAUAGAGAUAUUGAAGAUGCUGUUGAGUCCAUCCUGUGUGAGGUCGCCUCAAAUAACAUCACAUCUGAUUCUAGUCCAUUGUUGGAGGGGAACAACAACAAGAUUACUUCAUGUAUGGAGAGUAUUAAGAUAGAGAUACCCCCUGUGUUAUUACCCUACUACGAAGACUAUGAAGACGAUCAGGAAGAAGAUAGUACACAAAAUGCAUCCCAGAUUCUCUCCGAUAUCAUCAACCAAAUUUGUCCUGUUUCAAAGGAAACUGACUUUACUGAAGAUGAAGUGAAAUUUUCAAUCAGUGGUCCAAGAGAUCACCCUGGCUUCAAUAACUGUGUCAUGACCACUUAUAAUGACCACCUGAAAUCACCGACCAGUAUUUUCAGACAUCUUCAGCUGAUAAGAUGGAAUAAAGAAAGCCUGGAUGGCUUGACAGUUAGCAAUUUGGAUGAUGAUAACAAAGAAGAAGAGAUACCUCCUCAGGGGAAAGUAAUCCGAUGCAAGCCUAAUCUCCAGCUCAGCCCAGUACCCAGUUCUUCCUUCAACACUAUAUCUUUUGGUAGCCAUGGUCAAGUGAAUUACAUUUGCGGAGUUUGUAAAAAGCAUUUCUUGAUGACUGAUGCUCUGUUGAGGCACCACUUCAAGAAGCAUCCUUCUAUAGAUUUCAGCUACAUUGAGAUAGAGAAUGGCAAUGACAUUGAUCUGUUGUUUUACACAUGGCCGUGCAAUUUUGGACUUCUUGCAUCUUCCCAACCAUUUUCUGAAGAUUGUCGCAAUCUGGAUAUGUUUACGUGUACCAGAUGUGGUUCUACUUUUAAGCAUAUACACAGACUCCACGUCCAUAUCAUUAACUGUGAUCCCAAAAAUUAUGAAACACUUGCUUCAAAGAGAAGAAAGUACAGACGAAAAAUAAGAAAGCAGAUGCUAGAAGCAAUGAAGUCCAAAAUAGAUGAAGAUGGGGCAAAACCAACUCCAGUGGUUGUUGAGCCCCCAAGGAGACCAGGUAGACCAAGGGGAAUACUAGGUCGCAAGAAGAGACUUGAUGGUAUAAUUGAUAGCCCGAAGAAUAGGAAGAGAAGGAACUAUGAACUUCUGUAUAACCCUCACAAUCAUGUCCGCAGAAGAGAGAUGACAGAUGUUCUGGAAAAGCACCAGUGUCGUGGAUGUGAAAACACUUUCAAGACCCUGUCGUUGCUUGAGAGGCAUGCCAAGAAGUGUUCAGGGAGAGACAAACUUCAAAGUUUGAAACCAGUUCAGAGCUCUUUGCUUGAGGACAUGGCCCAGAAACCAAGACAUACCUGUAGAUACUGUUCAAAACACUUUACAUAUCUCAAGAGUCUUGCUAAUCAUUAUAGAGCAUUCUGUUCAGUGAGGAAGUCUCGUCAGCAGAAAGGUCUUCUUGGGGCCGAGGAUUUUCAAGAUGAAGAAGACCUCCUGAAGUUGAUAAAGAAACUUGAAAUGGCCAAAUUGGAGAGUAAGGAAACAGACGUUGAUGAGAAUGAUGGAAGAAGGAAGAGAGGAGGCUGGCCAAGGGGGAUGAAGAGAAAGAACAGACGCAAGAGACACUGCUGGACUUACGUAAAGAAGAGGAAGCCUGACGAGAAGGAUGAGGUAGAGGGGGAACUGGUUGAUCCAAUGUUGUGGAAUCCUGAAGUGGACUGGAUGGAUGAGCUGCUUCCUGCUGGCCAUGGUGAAGAAGACGAUUCUGAGGAGGAGGAAGAAGGUGAAACUCAUGAAGCUGUUCCAGAGAAAGAAAUUUGAAAGAGGAAAA